AUGACAUCAUGUAUAUCAUAUUGUGAAAAACUGCUGUAGUGAGCCAAAAGGCCCAUAAGGCAACAGCAAACAGGGAAAAAACCAACUGCUCCAAAAGAAUGUGUUUUUCUCCCAUUCUGGAAAUCAACAUGCAGUCUGAAUCUAACAUUACAGUGCGAGAUGACAUUGAUGACAUCAACACCAAUAUGUACCAACCACUAUCAUAUCCAUUAAGCUUUCAAGUGUCUCUCACCGGAUUUCUUAUGUUAGAAAUUGUGUUGGGACUUGGCAGCAACCUCACCGUACUGGUACUUUACUGCAUGAAAUCCAACUUAAUCAACUCUGUCAGUAACAUUAUUACGAUGAAUCUUCAUGUACUUGAUGUAAUCAUUUGUGUGGGAUGUAUUCCUCUAACUAUAGUUAUCCUUCUGCUUUCACUGGAGAGUAACACUGCUCUCAUCUGCUGUUUCCAUGAGGCCUGUGUAUCUUUUACAAGUGUCUCAACAGCAAUCAACGUUUUUGCUAUCACUUUGGACAGAUAUGACAUCUCUGUAAAGCCUGCAAACCGAAUUCUGACAAUGGGCAGAGCUGUAAUGCUAAUGAUAUCCAUUUGGAUUUUUUCAUUUUUCUCCUUCCUGAUUCCCUUUAUUGAGGUAAAUUUUUUCAGCCUUCAAAGUGGAAAUACAUGGGAAAACAAGACACUUUUGUGUGUCAGUACGAAUGAAUACUACACUGAACUGGGAAUGUAUUAUCACCUGCUAGUACAGAUCCCAAUAUUCUUUUUCACUGUCAUAGUAAUGUUAAUCACAUACACCAAAAUACUUCAGGCUCUCAAUAUUCGAAUAGGCACAAGAUUCUCAACAGGGCAGAAGAAGAAAGCAAGAAAGAAAAAGACGAUUUCUCUAACCACACAACACGAGACUACAGACAUGUCACAAAGCAGUGGUGGGAGAAAUGUAGUCUUUGGUGUUAGAACUUCAGUCUCUGUAAUAAUUGCCCUCCGGCGAGCUAUGAAACGACACCGUGAACGACGAGAAAGGCAAAAGAGAGUCUUCAAAAUGUCUUUAUUGAUUAUUUCUACAUUUCUUCUCUGCUGGACACCAAUUUCUGUUUUAAAUACCACCAUUUUAUGUUUAGGCCCAAGUGACCUUUUAGUAAAAUUAAGGUUGUGUUUUCUAGUCAUGGGUUAUGGAACAACUAUAUUUCAUCCUCUAUUAUAUGCAUUUACUAGACAAAAAUUUCAAAAGGUCUUGAAAAGUAAAAUGAAAAAGCGAGUUGUUUCCAUAGUAGAAGCUGAUCCCAUGCCUAAUAAUGCUGUAAUACACAACUCUUGGAUAGAUCCUAAAAGAAACAAAAAAAUUACCUUUGAAGAUAGUGAAAUAAGAGAAAAAUGUUUAGUACCUCAGGUUGUCACAGACUAGGGAAAAGGCUAAGUUUCACCAAACCCACAUUCAGAAGUUUUAAAUUUAAAUUGUAAAAAAUUACUGCCAAAUAUAAGAAAAACAUUUUAAGUACUGGUUAUGUUGUAAAUUUUCAAUGUAAAUGUCAAGAUUAGAUUCGGUCAUAUAUAUUCAAUUUCUUCAUUACUUAAUGUAUCUGUUGCAUGGCAGUUUGUUAAGGUAAUAUCAUGUGUAUAUUUUGUCAAUAUUAUGUCCAUCAGAAGAUAUUUAUGUAAGUCAUAUUUUCUAAAGAAUAAAUACAUAGCCUUAAAACACUGUAUAACUUUAAAAUAUAACUGACACAGGUAUCCUUGCUUUUUUUUUUUUUAUAUAAAGUGUAUUGUUUCUAAGCCACAAACUAUAGAUAUAUUUAUAUGUUAACAACUGGAAUAGCAUUUUAACAUAAAAACCAAAAUUAUGGGCUCUAAGCAACCAAAAUGACCCAGGAUUUUCUAUACCACUAUAUUAUGUUUUUUAGCAUAGUCUACUUGCUAUAAUAUUUGAUGCAUCAAAAAUAAUGAACUAUAUAUGAAACUUUAUCCUUUUUGGAAUGUAGUAAAUUGUAGGAUUUAUCAGGAUUUUAAAAUUCAA